AAAGAGGACCUCCAGAUAUAUGAAAAAUACUGUCAGAACAAACCAAGGUCUGAAGCUCUCUGGAGACAGUGUGGAGACAGCAGCUUUUUUCAGGAAUGUCAGCGUAAAUUGGAUCAUAAGCUCUCACUAGAUGCUUAUCUUUUAAAACCAGUUCAGAGAAUCACCAAGUACCAGCUGAUAUUAAAGGAAAUGUUGAAAUGUAGCAAGAACUCAGAAGGUACCGCUGAACUGGAAGAGGCCCUGGCCACUGUGCUUGAUAUCAUCAAAUCAGUUAAUGACUCCAUGCACCAGAUAGCAAUCACAGGAUAUGAGGGGGAUGUCAGCGAGCUUGGUAAGCUCUUGAUGCAAGGUUCCUUCAAUGUGUGGACUGACCACAAGAAAGGACACAACAAGGUGAAGGACUUGGCUAGAUUCAAACCAAUGCAGAGACACCUCUUUCUCUACACAAAGAUGCUGCUUUUCUGCAAGAAACGGGAGGAGAACACAGACGGCCAUGAGAAGACAGCUUCAUACAGCUUCAAAAAUUGUUUACAGAUGAGCACUGUGGGCAUUACAGAAAACGUAAAAGGGGAUAACAAGAAAUUUGAGAUCUGGUAUAAUGGCAGAGAAGAAGUCUAUAUCAUUCAGGCAUCUUCUGUUGAGCUGAAAAACACAUGGAUUUCAGAGAUUCGCAAAGUCCUGACGGGACAGCUGGAAGCCUGUAGAGAAGCAAGCCAGCUACACCAAAGAAUCACCGAGAGUGUGUACCAUGCACCAAUGAAUUCUUCCAAUCUAACCAGGUAUGGCAGGAAGUCAUCGAGUUUAUAUGAAAAUAAAUCGGAGACAUCCAGUGUAGAAGCAUCUAACAACAAAAACAGAAAUUCCAGUCCAAGCGCCAGGCAAAAGAGAGUUGAUGCUUCCACCAGCCUUAACCUUGAGCGCACAGCGCUUGCUAGAAAGCGAUUCACAUUGCAAGGUCUUUCCAACCGCAGAGCUCCUCCCAAAGGCAAACUUCACACAGGUCCCCUUGUUCCUGCAGUUAAAGUCAAGAGACAUGAAAUAAAGAGUGACCCAACUCCCCUGGGGUUUGAAGAUGCUUUUGAGAACGCCAUAUUGGCCCAGACUAAGUGUAGUACCGGUUCCACCUCAAGACCAGUACCUAGAUCUGCUUCACAGACAGGUUGGCCCAGCAGGCAGCUGCCAUCUCUAGACACGUUUGAAGAUUUCGAAGCCAUCCCCUCCAGCACAGAUGAACUCUCCAACUCUUCUGACAUGGAGGAAGAGACCAACCCUAACAAUGGGACCAAUCUCUUCCGGGUAGAAGGCAGCUUUGACAGCUGCUUCCCAGAUUCUCUCACACUGGAGGAUGGAGAUUUAGUGCAGUUUGUGCAGGAAGGAGAAAAUGGGCAAUGGUUAGUGAAGAAACUGGUUUCUGAGAAGAGCGAGUGGGUUCCUUCCAGUAUAUUGCAGCCAGCAGAGGGGGACAGUAACAACGUAAUUAAGAACAGCAAUGCAGAUAUGUACCAUGACUCCUGCAGCAUGGCCUCGGUAGAGUCAGAAACCAAGGAGAGCGAGGUGGCCAGGAGCUUACCAGCAGAACAGAGGGCUGGCAGCUGAGCUGCAGGAUCACCCUUCCUCAGGACUCCAUCCAUCUCUCUGUUUUGGGUGGACACUGGAUCAAAGUUGCCUUUCUCACAAGCUCUGAGCUUCACAAUCCAGUAAAACUUCAUCAGCAUGAGAACUGUGGUCUCCAGCUGGCAAGUCGGGAAAAAAAGAUCUUGAAAGCAGCAUCAAACAUCCAGAGAGCAUCAACAACCACCUUCAGUAUUAUGGGAAAAAAUGCUUCUUGCAUUGUUUAUCAAACUGUUUCAGAAGAUGUGGCCUAAAUUAGGUCAACAGUAGAGCUGAAGAGUUACUAUGCACGCACCUAUUGGCAACUUUGCUUAAACACCAAGUUACUGCAGAGGGAUGUAGGUAUGGUUGCGAGUUCUUGCUCUACCAUGGGGUUGCCCGGAGGCUUUUCCAUUUGCUUGCCUCAGUGGCUGUGCCUUCGCCAUCCUCCUUAAUUCCAGCGGAUACAUCACAAAUGUGCCCUUCCUCCUGAUCAACACCAAAAACAUCACAUUUUAAGGUGGUUGUGGAAAGAAGACUUCUGAUUUGGACCAUCAGAGAGGCUUCGCGCAGUGAGG